AUGCACUCUAGAGCUCACCUCUUGCUGGAAAGAGACUUCCAGGAGUUGAUGGAGAACAGCCAUAGGGGUAUUAUUGCCUUUCCUGUAAGUGAAGAUAUGAUGCAAUGGGAAGCUGAAAUUGAAGGUCUACAAUACACAAUUUGGCAUGGAUUGUUCUUCCAACUGUCAAUACAUUUUAUAUCAGAAUACAAUUUGGUUCCUCCAGAUGUGAAAUUUAAAACAAUUCCUUUUCAUCCAAAUGUUGACAAAUACACUGGUCGGCCGUGUAUUGAUUUUUUGGACAACCCUGAUAAGUGGGAUACAAGCUAUACAUUAAGCAGCAUCUUACUUACCCUCCAGGUUAUGCUUUCCAAUCCAGUAGUAGAAAAUCCAGUGAAUUUGGAAGCAGCUCAAAUGCUGAUUGCCAAUGAGUCUUUGUACCAAAUAACAGUUCUAAAGCUUUUUGGCCAGCGAUUACACCUUGGAGAUAGCCGCCCUGAGUUACCUAAGAAACCACUGGAAUGCAUCAAGUCAUUUAAAGAUGUUUCAUUUAACAAUUACUACGAGUCAUGGUCUGAAAUAGCCACAUCAAAAGCCACAGAAUAUUACAGAACUCCACUGCUUCAAGAUUCAAAUUUCAUAGGAAAUUAUUAUAAAUGGAAGAAAAUGGACCUAAAUCACCCUAAAGAAUGGCGUUUAAGGUAA